AUGGCUGCUGCUGUGCUGGGACAGGAUGAGGUAGAGAGCUGGUUUCUUACCAGGACUGGGAUCCAGGACAGCUGGCCCACCCUCCCAUCGGGAACAGUGAACAAGGAGCUUGUAAAAUACACAGACCAAAUGGAAAUGACCCCUAUUGACUGGAACCAGCUGCAUAGACUGAAGGCAGCGCUGACUCAUCAUCCUGCCGCCAUGUCCAACGGGAAUAUGAACACCAUGGGCCACAUGAUGGAAAUGAUGAGCUCGCGGCAGGACCAGACGCCACACCACCAUAUGCACUCACAUCCUCAUCAGCACCAGACGCUGCCACCUCAUCACUCAUAUCCCCAUCAGCACCAGCAUCCAGCACAUCAUCCUCACCCUCAGCCUCACCACCAGCAGAACCAUCCCCACCACCACUCCCACUCGCACCUCCACGCACACCAGGCACAUCACCAGACCUCGUCGCACCCCCCGCUGCACUCAGGCGGACAAGCACAGGUUUCGCCAGCGGCGCAGCAGAUGCAGCCCACGCAGACGAUACAGCCGCCCCACCCGACCGGAGGGAGGGUGGUGGACGAAGACCCGGAUGAGAGGAGGCGGAAAUUUCUGGAAAGGAACCGAGCUGCCGCCACACGCUGCAGACAGAAGAGGAAGGUCUGGGUGAUGUCACUGGAAAAGAAAGCAGAAGAGCUCACCCAGACAAACAUGCAGCUUCAGAACGAAGUUUCCAUGCUGAAAAAUGAGGUAGCACAGCUGAAACAGUUAUUGCUAACACAUAAAGACUGUCCGAUAACAGCUAUGCAGAAAGAAUCGCAAGGAUAUCUAAGUCCUGAGAGCAGCCCUCCUGCCAGCCCGGUCCCAGCGUGCUCCCAGCAGCAGGUCAUCCAGCACAACACCAUCACGACCUCCUCCUCCGUCAGCGACGUUGUGGGCAGCUCCACUCUCACCCAGCUUGCCAGCCACAGAACAGACAUCAACCCCAUCCUUUAAAAGGGGUUGGUCAGAAACUUGCUAGGGGAGCGUGGUAGCAGUAUCGAAGCGUCCUCUGUGCUAAGAACAUUUGCAACCAUAACUCAAGCCUGGAAGAUUCCUCAGUUCUUGAAAGACUCUGGCUUUCAUUUUUAUAGUUAUUAAAAAUGUCUUUUUAUACUUAGUUACAUAAAAGGGAGUUAUGCAAUUAAUAUGCUAUCAGCUUGAGAAAUGCUUUGGUGCUUUCUCCAGUUUUUUUGGUACCAAUUACUUGUUUAUAAACCUAACUGUUUCUGUACAUAGUCACGUUUCCUUCUCACCAAUCUAGCCUGCAGCCUCAGAAAUACAGAGUUGUGUUAAACUGCAGCUUGUUAGCCAACGUGAGGUAUGAAAAGUAUUAAACAGAGUCAUAUGUAAGUAACUAGGAGUAAUUAGGCUAUAAAUACAGAGAGAGGGCAUCUGCUGACAGCAUAAUAAAAAAUGAGUUAGCAUUGUGCUAUCAGCAGACUCUGUCUUGCAUUCAGAGCCUCUUUCAAAGCAGUUAUGUAGGAUGUGGCUAUCAGGACAAAAUCAAGCCCAAAUAACACGUUCUGUUGUUUAGCCCUCCCCCUUUGCGCCUCUUUCCUUCCCUGCCCUUCUUCUCCUCCAGUUUUUCUUACACCUUCCUUUUCACUUCCC